ACUUGAGUCCAGUGCCCGCAACUUGUUUGGUCUAUUAUCUCAACCAGCUAGAUAGCUGGUUAUCUUUGAUAUCUUUGUAUUUUCAAAACCUGCUAACUCAACUCACACUAGCAGUAUACUGUAUGCAAACUUUUAGAACCUUUGAACUUGUUGUAGCUUAUAUUCUUUCAUAAAUAUAAAUUUCUCCCUCCUAGUCUGAGAUAUCCUGUUUUUCCUUUCUUGUUCUCAUGAGUUAUACUUUUUUCUUUGAAAGUGCUCUUUGGGUUUUGUUAGUUAGAUAGAAGUGAAGUGAGUGGUUAACAAGGAACAACUGUUGUGAAAAGAUGAGGUUUCGUACUUCAUUGUUGUUUCUCGGUUUUAUUUCCACGCUCUCCCUUGUGGCUUCUGAUACUCUGCCCUCAAAUGAAGUUUGGGCGCUUACAAGCUUCAAAGAAGCUAUCUAUGAAGACCCAUAUGCAGUUUUAUCCAAUUGGAAUACGCUGGACUCAGAUCCUUGUUUCUGGUUUGGUAUCGAAUGCACAAUGGCUCAAGAUCAUGUCAUCAAGCUAAACAUAUCAGAAUCAUUACUAAAGGGGUUUCUUGCACCAGAGUUGGGACAAAUUACCUUCUUGCAAGAACUAAUUUUGCACGGCAACAAUCUCAUUGGAAUAAUACCUAAAGAGUUGGGAGUGUUGGAAUCUCUCAAGGAGUUGGAUUUGGGAAUGAAUCGGUUAUCGGGACCAAUUCCUCCAGAGAUUGGGAAUUUAACCCAAGUUGUGAGCAUAAACCUGCAGUCUAACGGGUUGACUGGUAGGCUACCUCCUGAGCUUGGAAAUUUGAGAUACCUUCAAGAACUUCGGCUGGAUAGGAAUAAGCUUCAAGGACCUAUUCCUGCUGGUGUCAGUUCGGAUUUUGCUUCAAAUAUGCAUGGGAUGUAUGCAUCAAACGAGAAUAUUACUGGCUUCUGUCUUUCGUCUCAAUUAAAAGUAGCAGACUUUUCAUAUAAUUUUUUAGUUGGUACCAUACCCAAAUGCUUGGAGUAUCUUCCCAGGUUAAGCUUUCAAGGGAACUGCCUCCAGAGCAAUGAAUUAAAUCAGCGGCCUUCCAUGCAAUGUGCUGGUGCUUCACCUGCCAAGAGCCAGCCAGUGGUGAACCAAAACCACCAACCUGCUGAAUAUGUGCCCAAGCAUCACGGAGCACCAAAACCUGCUUGGCUUUUGGCUCUGGAAAUAGUAGCGGGAACUAUGGUUGGUUCUCUCUUCCUGGUUGCUGUUCUCGCUGCUUUUCAGAGGUGUAACAAAAAAUCAUCUAUCAUUAUUCCUUGGAAAAAAUCUGCAAGCCAGAAGGACCAUAUAUAUAUAGACCCCGAUGUGUUGAAGGAUGUGAGAAGCUAUAGCAGACAAGAGCUUGAAGUGGCCUGUGAAGACUUCAGCAACAUAAUUGGGUCCUCACCAGACAGUGUGGUCUACAAGGGAACCAUGAAAGGUGGGCCUGAGAUUGCUGUAAUUUCCCUCUGCAUCAAGGAGGAGUAUUGGACAGGAUAUCUUGAACUCUAUUUUCAGAGAGAGGUGGCAGACUUGGCAAGGUUAAAUCAUGAGAAUACAGGAAAACUACUGGGCUAUUGUAGAGAGAGCACUCCAUUUACAAGGAUGUUAGUUUAUGAGUAUGCUUCAAAUGGGACACUUCAUGAUUACCUACAUUGUUAUGAAGAAGGCUGCCAGUUCUCUUGGACACGGCGCAUGAAAAUUGCUAUAGGCAUUGCACGUGGACUCACGUAUUUGCAAUCAGAAGUUGAACCUCCAUUUACUAUCUCAGAGCUGAAUUCUAGUGCUGUAUACCUUACAGAAGAAUUUUCUCCUAAGUUGGUUGAUUUUGAAAGUUGGAAGACAAUUCUUGAAAGAUCAGAAAAGAAUUCUUCUGGUUCUCUUGGCAGCCAAGGAGCUGUUUGUGUUCUUCCAAAUUCCCUUGAGGCGCGACAUCUUGAUAUCAAAGGAAACAUAUAUGCUUUUGGGGUACUUCUACUGGAGUUAAUCAGCGGGAGACCUCCAUACUGUAGGAACAAAGGGUACUUGGUGGACUGGGCCAAGGACUAUCUUGAAAAGCCAGAAGUAAUGUCACAAUUGGUGGAUCCCGAAUUGAAACAUUUUAGAUAUGAUGACCUCAAAGUGAUAUGUGAGGUAAUAACUCUUUGUAUCAAUCCUGAUACAACUUCAUGUCCAUCAAUGCGAGAAUUAUGUAGCAUGCUGGAGAGCAGAAUUGACACAUCAAUAAGCGUGGAGCUCAAGUCAUCAUCUUUGGCUUGGGCUGAACUUGAACUUUUAUCAUAAACUAGUCAAAAUUCAAAACUAACAAAUCCACACUAAAGCAGAGAUAUACAUACGCCAGUAAUACUUCUUUCCUCUUUUCUCCUCUUCAAUUUUAUUUCUAUUGUAAAUGACUGCUCAAAAAGGGUACGUGUUAGUCUUAAGCACAACAAGGGCUCGUUGUACAGCACUAGCAGACAAAUAGAAGUCCAGAAAUUGUUAAAAAGAAUAAGGUUGUACUAAACAAGUGUUUUCCUUUGUGUAUUAUAUUGAGCAUUGUGUUAUUCAUC